ACUUCACACACGCAGAGAAUUAUGAAAGUUCUCUGGUAUACAGGUUUCCUCACGAUGUUUUUCCUUCACCGUUUAAGACACAUGAUAUUUAAUUUCUUAAAAUGCACACAACUGAAAAGUUGGAGGUGCACGCCCAGGACCGGAUUCGAACCCACACCCUCCGGAAUCGGAGGCAGAGGUCAUAUUGUCGUACCCACUCCUAACAGAGACUUUCCGACUAAUUGAAGUAGAACGACUAUAAUGGUCUUAUUAUUAAAAAUAUAUAUUAUCACUGGACAACAAGCCUAAACAUUAAGGCAUAUUUAUAUUACUCUGAUAACAAAGUUCAGAUGGGCAGGUAUAAAAAGACAGAUCUUUUACAUAGACUAUCACUCGUGCAACAUGUUCAAGCAAGCGGUCGUGGUCCUGUCGCUGCUCUGCGUUGCUUUUGCAGCUGUAGCUGUGGAGGAGAUACCUAAUAAAUUAGGGGAGAAAGAAGGUUGUCACGAUCAUGAUAAGGGCGAGCUGGUCCCGUUCGGAACAUGGGUGACGAGUACUACCGGCUGUGCAGAGUUCCAAUGUGAAAGGGAUGGCUCCUGGAGGGGGCUGGGAUGCCCCAGUGUAGCAGCAAUGCCUCCAUGCUACGUCGAGGAGGACCCCUCCCGCCCUUUCCCUGAUUGCUGUCCUACAGCACGGUGCCCGGGCGAUAACUGAGACUAUCUAAUGCUAACGUCAUACUAUUAUGUAAAUCAUAUUUCCCUGGUACCUCAACGCAUUCACACCAACGAUAUUUUAAGCGAUAUUUUAGAUAUGUUACGUGCUUACAAAAUCACGGCAAAUAGUGAUCUGAAUUAAGCUAUUUCACACAUGCACAGUUUUGCACACACUUGCACAUACUUACAUUAUACAGGAUGUUCCAUAAUUAAUGGAAAAAACAAAUUGUAGAUACAGCAUCUAAUUAUCUCGGUGGCGUAGCAUUAAAAAAACUGAUUCAAGGAAGAAAAAUUUUUAAAAUCCGAA